CAUUAUACACUGCUUGCAUUUUAUUUUCCUGACUCUGCUUCUUGCCUUAUUUUGCUUCCCUGUAAAGGUGAACUAGACACCUCGUGCUAUGGUCGGUGUGAUGCCCAGUGCAUGUGGGGAGAGCGAUGGAAAAGCCCCACACGCAAGAAGUAGCUGGGCACUGCCAAGCUCCCACUAACAAGAAAAGGGGCGUACGGAGCCUUUGCUCAGCUCUACCUUCAGCCACAGCCCAUUCUGGGGACCCGCAGGACCUUCCUCCGCUCACGGUGCUCCAGUGCACCCGCCUUGCCAAGUCAGAAGUGGAGGAUGCUUUGCACUGGCUGCGUUUUCUCCCUGCCCAGGGAAGUCAUGAUGGGAAACAGUAAGAUACAAAACGGUGUUUUCUAACCAGGACAUCAAAAAACUAAUAGUCAUCCAGGAACAAAGUGGCUCCUGUUCCCCCCCUUGUUCUCCCAUUUUGUUCAGAGAGGCACCGGGACGCUGAGGCACCCAGAACCAUGCGUGAACUUGACUCUAGUCUGCCCCACUCAUCCCAGUCCACCAAAGCCUCCCCUGCAAAGAGCUUCCCCAGCAUAGGGCAUCUGGCAAUGCACAUGUAGCAGGACUGAUAUGGGGAGGUUUGUCAAUAUUUGCCCACUUCGGGUUCCUCAAAGGAGGGGCCCUGCCAAGCGGGCACACGGGGGCUAUAAAAGGUGCGACCAGCAGCACCUUGGGCUCAUCCAAACCCUGGAGCUGCCACCACGAGACAUGAAGCUCUUCUUGCUGCUCUUCUGCCGUGAGUACCCCCAUACCAGCUCUCACCCUGCUGGAUGAGGCAGUGGGGAAAACCUGCUGCUUGCAAUUGCUAUCCAUAAAGUUAGGGAGGGUGAAAAUGCUCAUUUUUGCUAGAGGGGUGGGAUGGGAGGUUGCUUUUCCCUGAUGCUCCUAAACCCCCUGGCUACAGUCGCAGGGCUGACCCUCGCCAGCUGCAACCUGCUUCAGUUCAGUUCAAUGAUUAAGCACAAGACCAGGAAAUCAUCACUGUCCUACAACGGUUACGGCUGCUACUGUGGCAUAGGAGGAUCCAAACAGCCACUGGAUGCGACCGACUGGUGCUGCCAUGCCCACGACUGCUGCUACAAGAGGCUGGCUUCCUCUCGCUGUAGUCCCAAACUGGUCAAGUACAACUACACUACACGGGGAAGCCAGAUCAUCUGUGGAUCUGGGACCUGGUGCCAAAGACAGACCUGCGACUGCGACAAGAAGGCAGCAGAGUGCUUCGGAAGGACAGUUGGGACCUACCGCAAUGCUUACAAGAAUUACCUCAAUAUUCUGUGCAAGGGCCCAACUCCCCCCUGCUAGACACGCCGGGCUCAAAACCCAAAAGAAAUGGUCUAACUGUGGGGUUUUUACCUUCCCUGCAGACAAGCUGGAGACA